AUGGAUUUCGUAUAUGAGUUUUCAGAAAUUAUCAGAAAAUAUCGAAAAACAGAAUCAAGUAUUUUGGUAGCUGCAAGAACCCUAACAUUAACGGUUUUGAUUCUGUUAACAGUUGGAUAUUUGCUAAUAUUAGUGCUAUUGGUUCUAUGGGAUAAGAGUGUAAUAACAACAGAAAUACAAUAUCAAGAAAUAUUGCCGAUACCAGAUUUUAUGAUAUCUUUUAAUUACCAUUUUAGUCUUUCUUGUAAAUUUAGAUAUCUUGAUGGAACUCAAUCAGAAAUAGAUAUAUGUACAGAACGAUGCAUCACACAACCAAAAUGUAUGAAUUCAACUGAAGAUGGGCGAUGGUAUGGUCAUUUCACAGUAAAUCCUGAUGAAGUAGAUGUAAAUUUUAAUAAAACUGCUAAACGUUAUGGAAUUUGGGUUACAAUAAACAUUGAUGAUCCAAGAUAUACAAGAGGUGAUGACAAAGGAAUGUACCUGACUGCCUAUGAUUCAGAUUUCAAUCCACGUACAGUUGAUAUAGAUAAAGAAAAUAUGGCAUUAAAAUAUGAUCCUGAUUUUUAUAACCAAUUGAAUCAAUCAAAUUUUCAUAUUAUUGGCUUUCAUCAGGUUAAUUGGAUGUUUGUUAAUAGACACAUUAAACAAAAAAUGAUUCCAAAUGGUUUAAAUGUUUUAGGCGCACCAGCAAGUUAUUUUGAUAUGCCAUAUAUAACUACCAAGUAUGAAUCUGUAACAAAUCCUGCAACAACACCAGAGUUUGAUAUUCAACCUGUCACAGGACCACAAUUAUAUUCAAAUUUAUUUAUUGGCACUUUAAAUUGGUAUCAAGAAAUACAUAAAGAGUCAAGGUCACGACGUGUAAGGUUUGCACCAGUGUUACCAUGGGGUGUGAUACAAACAUUUUUCAUGAAAAGACAAAUCAAAGAAAGUUUAUAUGAAAUAUAUAAACAUGGAUUUAUACCAUUAAUAGAUGAAGUUCCUCAAGAUGUUCCAAUUGAAAUACGUAUUAAAGAACUUGAAAAAUUCUUAAAGCAAUUUAUAUGUGAGGUUGAUUAUAUGGAAGAUGUUAAAGUAGAUGAAAGUGGUGAAAGUGGUGAUGGUGAUGAAAAGGGUGGGACUGAGUAUAAUGAAAAAGAGAUUGAUGAUUCAAGUCAAUGCACUUCUAGUGGAAAUAAAAAUUAUUUUCCAAAUAAAUUAGAAAACAAUAACAACGAUACCUCACAAUCGUCAAAAUCAAUUAUUACAAGUCAUAAAUCUCCAUCCACGCCACAAAAUGCACUGAAAUAUUUAAUACCUAAUCUAGAUUUCAUUCCUAUUAACAAAAUAACAUCAGAAGAAAUAAAAGAGUUAGGAAAAUAUCAUCCUAUGAUGAGUCCUGUUAAGAAAAGAAAAUUUGAUCAUUUUGAAGCAGUAAAUAGUUGGAGAAAGCCUAACGUCAGUGAACUUCCAUGGAUGAAAGACAAUGAUUGUAAUAGAAAAUAUGAUAAUGUAGUACACAGGAUGCAUUUUGAAUUAAAUGAUCUAAUAGAGUACCUUUCUCCAACCGAGAUUGAAAGAUCAUUAAGAAUAUUUGUAAUUAAAAGAAUUGAAGCUGCUAUCAAAUCUAAAUUCAGUGAUUCUGAAGUUUUCAUAUUUGGAAGUUUUAAUUCUGGAAUCUAUCUUCCCACAAGUUCGUUAACGCCACUCUCUCAACUGGCUGAUUAUUUAGAAAUCAAAGGAUAUUCUUAUGGCAGGCCCACAGUAAUACGUGGGGCAGUGGUUCCUAUUAUCAAAUUCAAAGAAAAAUACACUGAAAUUAACAUUGACAUAUCAUUUAAUCAGAGAUCUGUUUUUGCAUCUGUUAGCACUAUAAAGGGAUAUCUUAGAGAAUGGCCUAUUCUUGGUAGAUUGCUAUUGGUUUUAAAAUAUUUUUUAAAACACCAUAAUCUUGAUGACCCAUCAAAUGGUGGAAUGGGCGGCUAUACUUUGUUCUGUAUGAUAUUAAAUUUUCUACAGUUACACCCACGUAUUGCUGAUGGUACUUUAAAGAUAGACAGUAAUGAUAACCUUGGUGUUCUUUUGAUAGAAUUUUUUGAAUUAUAUGGAAAUCAGUUCAAUUAUAAAGAUCUGGCAAUCACAAUAAGAAAUGGCGGAAGCUAUUGUAGAAAGUACUAUCAAAGUUGGGCAGUUAAAAUUCCAGAAACAAAUUUAUAUAAUGAUAUAGCACGUGCAACAAGAAAGAUAGAAUUGAUUCAGGAAGCAUUUAACCGAGCGUUCCUACGACUUGUUAAUAGAGUGGGACAACUUGAAAAAGUACAUAGACCGAUUGGUGCUAAUUAUGUCACGGGGUUUGAUAAUAAAUCAAUUCUUUCAUCUAUUUUAUUUAUUUCUGAAGAUAUGCAAUCAUUAAGAAGAAAUUUAUUACGAGAGUAUAAUGAAAAUGGAUUGAAACGAUUGGUUCUAAAAACAAGCAAUAAUCUAGGAACACUACUAACAACUUAUGAUUAUGAAUUUAUUGUCGAAAAAUUUGCAAAGGAAAUCGAAGAGUCAGACUAUCGUCGUAACUUUAGAGUCAACUCUUUAUUGAGAAGACGUAAACCAGCAAGAUUUAAGUCAUUUCCAAAAUAUCAAGAUAGGGAUGACUAUUAUCUUGAGGAUUUAUAUGAUUAG